CACCGUGCCGCCGGCCGCGGGGCGGCUCGCCGCUCGCCAAUUGCUUCCGGGUCACGGCGGACGUCUCUUCCGUAGCAGCAUGGCGGCCGCCGAGGACGAGCGGCUGGUGGGGGACUGUGAAGGAGAGCGGCUGGAUUUCCUGCGGGACCGGCACGUGCGGUUCUUCCAGCGCUGCCUCCAGGUUUUGCCGGAGCGCUAUUCUUCGCUAGAGACCAGCAGGUUGACAAUUGCAUUUUUUGCACUCUCUGGCCUGGAUAUGUUGGAUUCCUUAGAUGUGGUGAACAAAGAUGAUAUAAUAGAGUGGAUUUACUCCCUGCAGGUCCUUCCCACAGAAGACAGAUCAAAUCUAAAUCGCUGUGGUUUCCGAGGCUCUUCAUACCUGGGUAUUCCAUUCAAUCCAUCAAAGAAUCCUGGAACAGCUCAUCCUUAUGACAGUGGCCACAUAGCAAUGACCUACACGGGCCUUUCAUGUUUAGUUAUUCUUGGAGACGACCUAAGCCGAGUAAAUAAAGAAGCUUGCUUAGCAGGCUUGAGAGCCCUUCAGCUGGAAGAUGGAAGUUUUUGUGCAGUACCCGAAGGCAGUGAAAAUGACAUGCGAUUUGUAUACUGUGCUUCCUGUAUUUGCUAUAUGCUCAACAACUGGUCUGGCAUGGAUAUGAAAAAAGCCAUCAACUAUAUUAGGAGAAGUAUGUCCUAUGACAAUGGGUUGGCACAGGGAGCUGGACUUGAAUCUCAUGGAGGAUCAACUUUUUGUGGCAUUGCAUCGCUGUGUCUCAUGGGUAAACUAGAAGAAGUUUUUUCAGAAAAAGAAUUGAACAGGAUAAAGAGAUGGUGUAUAAUGAGGCAACAAAAUGGCUAUCAUGGAAGACCGAAUAAGCCUGUAGACACCUGUUAUUCUUUUUGGGUGGGAGCAACUCUAAAGCUUUUGAAAAUUUUCCAGUACACUAACUUUGAGAAAAAUAGAAAUUACAUCUUGUCAACGCAAGAUCGCCUUGUAGGGGGAUUUGCCAAGUGGCCAGAUAGUCAUCCAGAUGCUUUGCAUGCAUACUUUGGGAUUUGUGGCCUGUCACUAAUGGAGGAAAGUGGAAUUUGUAAAGUUCAUCCCGCCCUGAAUGUAAGCACACGGACUUCUGAACGUCUUCGAGAUCUCCAUCAGAGCUGGAAAACCAAGGACUCUAACCAGUGCUCAGAGAAUGUACACAUCUCCACAUGACCGACUUUAGAUUGGGAGGGUGGGGGGAUUUGUAGCAUAACUGUAGCUCAAGGUUAAAAGCCAUGUAUAACCAAGUGUGCUCUUUUUUUAAGAGGUAUAGUCUUACAAUCAAAUCUUGUGCUGGUGUCACUUUGGGAUAUGGUCUUGAGCCAGUAUUUGUAGUGGGUUUCAAGAAAAUCUUUGAAGUUUGAACCACAGUGGACUCUGUUGUGGUUCUUAAAUGUUUAUACUGUAUUUCUAAGAAGUUCUUUGAGGAAAAUUAACUGUGUGUAUGUAGGUUAUCUUUUUUAAAACCCCUUAGUACAAAUGUAUCAUAUUAUAAAAUAGACAGAAAUCUUCAAAACAAGUUUACAGUUCACAUAGCAUUGAUAAUCUUUGGGUGAACACUUAGUGAUCAUUUAAAAAGCUUGAUUGCUGAUGGUAGAAAAUUGCUUUAAUGAAUUAAGUAUCUGGGAUUAUUCUUGAAAACAAUUGAUCCCAUAAUUUUUAAAAAGAAAAAUGACUUAUUUUGUCUCAUUCAUAAGUGUGUGCCAAUUAAACUUGUGUGGCCUAUAUAAAUGAAAUUAACCUCAUAGCAAGAAUGAAUGGGUUUAACUAAUACAGUACUUUUUUAAAGGGAGAUUGUUUUAAGAAAACUAUUAUGUACCUGAGGGAAAAGUAAUUUAACUGUAUGUGAUAGUGAAUGGAAAAGUUUUGUGCUAUGCAGAUCAUUUAUUUAGAUGUUGCUCGGAUGAAUAACAGUUAUGUUUGAUUUUAAUCUCAAAUUACUAGUUCCUUUUUUUUCCUUUAUGGGGAGAAAACAGUAUUAUCUGGAGGAAAAGAUAGUUAGUGGUUUCGUUUAUUUUUCUGAGAUAUGUGAUAUUAUAAAUUAUACUUGUACUUUUAUAACUGAGUUAUUUUUAGCCACUUGGAUUUUUUUUUUUUAGUUUGUUGUCCCAUGUUUUAGCUCUUCUAAUUUCAAACUGAUAAUUUUCUAAUUUUUUCAAAUUUAAUAAGUAUAAAUUUAAUGAAAAAGCAGGACCACUCAAGUAAAUUUAAUGGUUUAGCUCCGUACAUGGGCAUUUAUAUUUUUAUAUUUUCAGGUAAGUCAGAGGGAAAUGUACUAUUUAAGUGUUAAAGACUGGGGUUUUGCUUUUGUUCUUUUAUUUAUUCUAUGAACUUGCUAAUUGUAAAGGAGGUAAUGUAAAAACUCAUCCAGUCACUAAUCAGUUUAUUGGUAAAUCACAUCAGUGACUAUCGCUCAGUGACGUUCAAAGAUAUGAAACUAGUACUGAAAUGGAAAUGGAAAACAUUUCACCAAAGGAGCUGGAUUUAAGUUACAAUCAUGGUGAUAAUAAAUGUUGAAGUAUUUGUUCUCCACGUAUCAGUACAAAAACUAAAUUAUUAGCAUCACUGUUUAGGUAUAGUCAUAUUUAAUAUUUUACUUUAAUUUCUUUCCUAAAUUGGAAAAAAAAUAACCUCAAAUGAUGCUUCUUCCCAAACAAAGGGAAAGCUAGUAUAUACUUAGAGAAAUGAUUAUGUAUUAUUGAUAUGGAUAGUUUUAAACUUCAGUUUGCCAGAGUAAAUUUUUUUUAAUUA